ACAUCUUUCUAAUUUGUGGUCAAGCCUGGUCAAGCCAAUAAUUAAGCCGCAGUCCAAGGGAGUUGAAUUUGAGAAUUGCAAAAAUUACUAAAAAUUUAAGAAAAAUGUAUACGGAAGUGGACGUGUUUGUGAGUAAUUAUACACUUAUAGAUCCUGAGAUAUAUCAGUUAUGGAUAGAAGGAUGUUCUUCCAGUGAAGCUGUGUCAACUCUACAUCAGAGGAAUUUGGGUAAACAGACGAGUGCCUCAGUGGAGUUGGUUGCCAGUGAUGUCCUUGACCAUUACAGAACUUUCGCUCUUCUAGAGCGAUUACUGACUAUGCCGACAAAGUUAUCCGAGCAAUUGAUAUUCCAAAUUGACGAUCAGACGAAACAAAUGCUUAUUGAAAAGUAUUACGACCUUGACGACGCAGUUAUUAGAGAGCUUUUGGGACGCAAGUUAUCAUCUAGACACAGGAAGGACUUAGACGAGGUGGCAGAACGUUCUGGCGCGCCGUUACGCUGCUGCCGUCGGCAAUUCGACAAUGUCCGACGGGUUUUCAAGACCGUCGAAGAGAUGCCCGGGAACGUCGUGGCCAACAUCAGAAACACAUUCCUGCUGUCAGAGCCUCUAGCUAAGUAA